CUCCGGCUCGCCGCGCUUCCCGCGCCUCCCACUCGCUCCCGGGAAGCCCCGCCCCCUGCGCGAUCACGUGGGAACGCGCCGGAUUUAAGCUUAAUCUGCCUGUGUCCAGCGCAGCAGCCUAGCUUGGAGGCCGCCAGCCGUGCUGAGCUGGUUUUGGGGCCCUAGGAACGGGGAUUGGGGAGGCCCACAGCCGCCUCCCCAUGAACCUGGGGCUGGCGAGCUCACCUGAGGCCCAGCUGGCACUAGAGGACGUUAUCCAGGCCAGGCAGCCCAAAGUACCAAGUCCCAACAAGUCUUCUCUUCUGCAGACACUGGAGAGCAGUGUCCUGGGCCCAGGCCAAGAAAAGGACCUGAGCAUUCAAGACCCAGCCCAGGCCUCCCAAUCUGCCAGCCUGCCCGCCCACAUCAGGGAGAUCAUCGCCAGCAACUUCUCCCAGCCUGAGUGCCCAGCCCUACUGCCUGCCCCGGAGAUGGCCUCGCUGCUGUCCCUUCAGGAGGAGAACCAGCUGCUGCAGCAAGAGCUGUCCCGUGUGGAGGACCUGCUGGCCCAGAGCCGAGCCGAACGCGAUGAGCUUGCCAUUAAGUACAAUGCAGCCAGUGAGAGGCUGGAGCAAGCUGUGCGGCUGGAGUCUGGGGAGCUGGAGGUGCCAGAGCCCAGGGGGCUGGUACGGCAGAGCGUGGAGCUGCGGAGGCAGCUGCAGGAGGAGCAAGCCUCCUACAGACGCAAGCUGCAGGCCUACCAGGAGGGCCAGCAGCGGCAGGCCCAGCUAGUGCAGCGGCUGCAGGCCAAGAUUCUGCAGUAUAAGAAGAAGUGCUCGGAGCUGGAGCAGCAGCUUCUGGACAGAUCCACAGAGCUGGAGCAGCAGCGGCUGAGGGACACAGAGCACAGCCGAGACCUGGAGAGUGCCCUCCUCCGCCUGGAGGAGGAGCAGCAGAGGAGUGCCAGUCUGGCCCAGGUGAAUGCUAUGCUUCGAGAGCAGCUGGACCAAGCAGGCUCUGCCAACCAGGCUCUGAGUGAGGACAUUCGCAAAGUGACCAGUGACUGGACCCGCAGCCGCAAGGAGCUGGAACAGCGGGAGGCAGCGUGGCGGCGUGAGGAGGAGACCUUCAAUGCCUACUUCAACAGCGAACACAGCCGCUUGCUCCUCCUGUGGAGGCAGGUUGUGGGGCUUCGACGGCUGGUCAGCGAGGUGAAGAUGGGCACGGAGAGGGACCUGCUGCAGCUGAGUGGGGAGCUGGCCCGGACCUCACGGGGUGUGCAGGAGGCAGGCCUGGGGCUGAGUGCGGGGCUGCAGCUGGCAGAGGACCGGGCCGAGGCAGCUCUGGAGAAGCAAGUGCUGCUGCAGGCCCAGCUGGAGGAGCAGCUUCGGGUCAAGGUACUUCGAGAGAAGGAGCUGACUCAACUGCAGGUGCAGAGUGACUUGAACAAGGCUGACCUCAGUGCCAGAGUGACAGAGCUGGCUCUGGCAGUGGAGCGCCUCCAGAACCAGAACCUGGAGAAGGAUCGGGUCAACAAGGCACUGUCUGAGAAGCUCGAGGCCCUGGAGCAGGCAGCCUUGGAGACGGAGGAUGGAGAGGGGCUGCAGCAGACUCUGAGGGAUUUGGCACAGGCUGUCCUGUCUGAUUCCGAGAGCGGCGUCCAGCUAAGCGGCUCAGACCGCACAGCAGAUGUCUCUGACGGCAGUCUGCGAGGGCUCUCAGGACCCCGCACCCCGUCCCCACCACGGCGCCCCUCACCGGGCCGUGGCCGAUCACCCCGCCGAGGCCCAUCCCCUGCCUGUUCUGACUCCUCCACUCUCAUCCUGAUCCACUCUGCCCUGCACAAACGCCAGCUGCAGGUCCAGGACAUGCGCGGGCGCUAUGAAGCAAGCCAGGACCUGCUGGGCACCAUGCGGAAGCAGCUUAGUGACAGUGAGGGUGAGCGGCGGGCCCUAGAGGAACAGCUGCUGCUCUUGCGGGACAAGACGGAUGGUGCCACCCAGGCCCAAGAGGAUGCCCAGCAUGAAGCCCAGCGUCUGCGCAGUGCCAAUGACCUUCUGAACAGGGAGAAGGGAAGCCUGGCCCACAGUCUCCAGGUGGCUCAGCAACAGACUCAGGAGCUGCGCCAGGAGCUGGAGAAGCUUCAGGCUGCGCACGAGGAGCUGCGGCGCCAGCGGGACCAGCUAGAGGAAGAGCAGGAGGAUGCAGUGCAAGAUGGAGCCCGGGUACGCAGGGAGCUUGAGCGCAGCCAUAGACAGCUAGAGCAGCUGGAGGCGAAGCGCUCGGGGCUGGCGAAGGAACUGGUGGAAGUGCGGGAAGCGCUGAGCUGCGCCACGCUGCAGCGGGACGUGCUGCAGGCUGAAAAGGCCGAGGUGGCUGAGGUGCUGACCAAGGCGGAGGCCGGCCGCGUGGAGCUUGAGCUGUCCCUGACCAAGCUGAGGGCAGAGGAGGCCUCCCUGCGGGACUCCUUGUCCAAGCUGAGCGCCCUCAAUGAGAGCCUCGCCCAGGACAAGCUGGAGCUGAACCGUCACGUCGCCCAGCUGGAGGAGGAAAAGGCGGCCCUGCUGGGCAGGCAGCAGCAGGCCCAGCAGGAGGCUGUCCUGGCUCUGGAGGAGCAGGAGCGGCUGGAGCAGCUGCGGCUAGAGCAGGAGGUGGAGCGGCAGGGCCUGGAGGGCUCCCUGCAUGUGGCGGAGCAGGCCCGGGAGGCGCUGGAGCAGCAGCUCCCCACACUGCGCAGUGAGCGCAGCCGGCUACAGGAGCAGCUGGCCCAGCUCUCCCGGCAGCUGACUGUGCGGGAGCAGGAGCUGGAGCAGGCCCAGAGAGAGUCCCAGCGGCAGGCCGAGGCUCUGGAGCGGGCAGCCCGGGAGAAGGAAGCACUGGCUAAGGAGCGGGCCAGUCUGGCCGUGCAGCUGGCUGCAGCUGAGCGGGAAGGCCGGACCCUGUCAGAGGAGGCCUCGCGCUUGAGGUUGGAGAAGGAAGCCUUGGAGGGCAGCCUGUUUGAGGUGCAGAGGCAGCUGGCCCAGCUGGAGGCCCGUCGGGAGCAGUUAGAAGCUGAUGGACAGGCCCUGCUGCUGGCCAAGGAGACCCUGACAGGGGAGCUGGCAGGUCUGCGGCAGCAAAUGGUAACCACAGAAGAGAAAGCGGCUCUGGAUAAGGAGCUGAUGGCACAGAAGCUGGUGCAGGCCGAGCGGGAGGCGCAGGCCUCUCUGCGGGAGGAGCGGGCAGCCCACGAGGAAGAUGUCCAGCGGCUGCAGCGGGAGAAGGAAGCUGCAUGGCGGGAGCUGCAGGCAGAGCGGACCCAGCUGCAGGGCCAGCUGCAGCGGGAGCGAGAAGAGCUGCUGGCCCGGAUGGAGUCUGAGAAGGAGGAGCUGAGUGAGGAGAUCGCUGCCCUGCAGCAGGAGCGGGAUGAGGGCCUGCUCCUGGCCGAGAGUGAGAAGCAGCAGGCCUUGUCCCUGAAGGAGUCCGAGAAGACGGCGCUGUCAGAGAAGCUGAUGGGGACCCGGCACAGUCUGGCUGCCAUCUCUCUGGAAAUGGAGCGGCAGAAGCGAGAUGCUCAGAGCCGCCAGGAGCAGGACCGGAGCACGGUGAAUGCCCUGACAUCUGAGCUGCGGGACCUCCGCGCCCAGCUGGAGGAGGCUGCUGGUGCCCAUGCCCAGGAGGUCAAAAGGCUGCAGGAGCAGGCCCGGGACCUGGGCCGGCAGCGGGAGGCCUCCCUUCGUGAGGCUGAAGAGCUGCGGACUCAGCUGCGCUUGCUGGAGGACACCCGUGAUGGGCUGCGGCGGGACCUUCUCGAGGCCCAGCGCAAGGUGCGGGACAGCCAGGAGGGCCAAGAAGCCCAGCGCAUGGAGGCCAGUGAGCUGCGGCGCAGUCUAAGUGAGGGCGUCAAGGAGCGCGAGGCCCUGCGGCGCUCCAACGAGGAGCUUCGGGCUGCCGUGAAGAAGGCCGAGAGCGAGCGCAUCAGCCUGAAGCUUGCCAGCGAAGACAAGGAACAGAAGCUGGCCCUCCUGGAGGACGCGCGUGCGGCUCUGGGCAAGGAGGCCGGGGAGCUGCGGGCUGGGCUGCAGGAGGUGGAGCGCUCCCGGCUGGAGGCCCGGCGUGAGCUGCAGGAACUCAGGCGGCAGAUGAAGAUGCUGGACACUGACAAUACCAGGCUGAGCCGGGAGCUAGCAGAGCUGCAGGGCCGCCUGGCCCUGGGGGAGCGGGCUGAGAAAGAGAGCAAGCGGGAGGCCCUGGGCCUCAGGCAGAGGAUAGUGAAGGGCGAGGCCAGCCUGGAGGCCUUGCGGCAGGAGCUCCAGGGAUCCCAGCGGAAGCUGCAGGAGCAGGAGGGCGAGUUCCGGGCCCGAGAGCGAGGUCUGCAGAGCUCUCUGGAGGAGGCGCGCGGCGCUGAGAAGAGGCAGCUGGACGCGGCCCGCGGACUGGAGCUGAGGCUGGAGGCGGCCCGGGCCGAGGCCACGGAGCUGGCGCUGCGGCUGAGCGCGGCCGAGGGUCGGGCGCAGGGCCUGGAGGCGGAGCUGGCCCGCGUGGAGGCGCAGCGCCGGGCGGCCGAGGCCCAGCUCGGCGGCCUGCGCUCCGCCCUGCGCCGGGGCCUGGGGCUCGGCCGAGCGCCCAGCCCCGCCCCGCGGCUGGCGCUGGGCUCCCCAGCCCGCGAUGGGCUUGCCCCUGCUGGAGGAAGCAGGGAUGGAUGUAGCAGCCCCAACCCUGUGGAGCGCAGCCCUGGGUCCCAGCCACCCUCCCCAGGACCUGCCACCUCCCCAGCGUCUCCUGACCUAGAGCCUGAGGCAGUGCGGGGAGCCCUCCGGGACUUCCUGCAGGAGCUGCGGAGCACCCAGCGAGAGCGGGAUGAACUCCGGGCCCAGACCAGAGCCCUUAGUGGUCAGCUGGCUGAGAUGGAGGCUGAGAGGGACAGCGCGGUAGUGCGGGUCAGGCAGCUGCAGAAGGCCGUGUCUGAGAGCGAGGAAGCCCGGCGCAGCGUGGAUGGGCGGCUGAGCGGGGCCCAGGCGGAGCUGGUGCUGCAGGAGGAGAGCGUGCGGCGCAGCGAGCGGGAGCGCAGGGCUACGCUGGACCAGGUGGCUGCGCUGGAGAGGAGUCUGCAGGCCUCGGAGAGCGAGCUCCGGGCCAGCCAGGAGAAGAUGAGCAAGAUGAAGGGUGCGGAGGCGAAGCUGGAGAGCGACAAGCGGCGCCUGAAGGACGUCCUGGAUGCCUGCGAGAGCCGCACCAUCAAGCUGGAGCUGCAGCGGCGCGCGCUCGAGGGCGAGCUACAGCGCAGCCGCCUGGGCCUCAGCGACCGCGAGGCCCAGGCCCAGGCCCUCCAGGACCGGGUGGACUUCCUGCAGAGACAGGUGGCAGACAGCGAGGUGAAGGCAGGAACCUUGCAGCUGACGGUGGAGCGGCUGAACGCAGCCCUGGCCAAGGUGGAGGAGAGCGAGGGAGCCCUGCGGGGCAAAGUCCAAAGCUUGACUGAGGCUCUGGCCCAGAGCAGUGCCAGCCUCGCCAGCACCCAAGAUAAGAACCUGCACCUUCAGAAGGCCCUCACCGCCUGUGAACAUGACCGCCAAGUGCUCCAGGAACGGCUCGACGCUGCCCGGCAGGCAUUGUCUGAAGCUCGGAAGCAGAGCAGCUCUCUGGGCGAGCAGGUGCAGACGAUGCGGGGAGAGCUGGCCGAGCUGGAGCUGCAGCGGGCAGAGGCCGAAGGGCAGCUGCAGCAGCUGCGGGAGGUGCUGGGGCAGCGGCAGGAGGGCGAGGCUGCGGCCCUGCGCACCGUGCGGGAGCUGCAGGAGGAGCGGCAGCGGCUGCAGGAGCGCCUGGGCAGCCUGCAGCGCGCCCUGGCACAGCUGGAGGCCGAGAAGCGCGGGGCGGAGCGCUCAGCCCAGCGGCUGGACAAGGACCGCGGGGCUCUCAGGAGGACGCUGGACCAGGUGGAACGCGAGAAGCUCCGCAGCCACGAGGACGCGGUGCGGCUGAGCGCCGAGAAGGGCCGCCUGGGCCGCACCCUCACCGGGGCCGAGCUGGAGCUGGCCGAGGCCCAGAGGCAGAUCGAGCAGCUGGAGGCCCAGGUGGAGGCCUUGGAGCAGAAUCAUGGCCCCGCGCCGCCGGAGGGGGCCGGGCAGCAAGGGCUGGAGCUGCAGCAGGAGGUGGCGCGCCUGCGCAGCGCCCAGGUGCAGACUGAGCGCGCUCUGGAGGCGCGGGAGCACGUCCACCGCCAGCGGGUACGGGGGCUGGAGGCGCAGGUGGCCACCCUGAAGGGGCAGCUGCAGCAGGAGCUUCGAAGGAGCUCCGCGUCCUGCUCCCUGCCCUCUGGCACCCCGGAGAAAUGAGUCCCUUCCCAGACAGCCAUCUGUGUGAGGAGAAGAGGGGCCCGUCGAGACAGGGACAGUGCUAGGGACGGGGGACACCCGCUCCAGGCCACCCCUGCAGUCGCUUCAUGGAGUUGUGAGGCUAUCCAUGCCACCUCAGCACUCCUCCCCUGGGAAAAGCCACUGUCGCCGCUCCACGGUCCUCCUGAGAGCGCUGAGCCAGAGUCCAGUCAGGGCGAGCCCUGUCGCCAGCCAGCCCUGCGGCAAGGGCUCAUGGGAAAGGGGGAGGGGCCACGCCCAGGCCCUGGCUGGCUGCCGGAGACCCCUCCACCCCUCCACCCUAGUUCAGAAUUGGCUAGGGACUCCUUGGUGAGCGUAGAGUGUUUGUAUUUUUGUACCUUUUUGUAAUGUUAACUGUUGAGAACUUGUGUUUUUUUGUCACAAGACUUGUUUUCUAGAAUCUG